AUGCCAUUCGCACAACUGGUCAUCGGCCCGCCGGGCGCCGGGAAAUCGACGUACUGCAACGGCAUGCAACAGUUCAUGGGCGCGAUCGGCCGGAAAUGCAGCAUCGUCAAUCUCGACCCGGCCAACGACCGCACGUCCUACUCGGCCGCCGUCGACGUGCGCGACCUCGUCACCCUGGAGUCCAUCAUGGACGACGAUGACACGCGCCUGGGGCCGAACGGCGGCGUCUUGUUUGCGCUCGAAGAGCUGGAGGAGAACUAUGUGUGGCUGGAGGACCGCCUGGCCGCGCUGGGGGACGAUUAUGUGCUUUUCGAUUGUCCCGGCCAGGUCGAAUUGUUCACGCAUCAUGCGAGUCUGAGGAGGGUGGUGGGCAGGUUGGAGAAGACCGGGUUCAGGGUAUGUCUUGCCUUUUUCUGGUUUUCUUCUGGCUCACUUGAGGGGGGGAUAUGCUUUGGAGUUGGCGGGGCUGCUUACUACGCUACCGAUUAUGCUAAUACUUUGGUCGUUUCAAUUACACAGCUCGUAGUGGUCAACCUGAUCGACUCAUACGCGCUAACCCUCCCGUCGCUGUACAUCUCGACGCUGCUCCUCAGCCUGCGCAGCAUGCUGCAAAUGGACUUGACGCACAUCAACGUGCUGACCAAGAUCGACAACCUGCACAAAUACCCUCCUCUGCCUUUCAACCUGGCAUAUUACACCGAAGUCCAGGAUCUCGAGUACCUACUCCCGAGCCUGGAGCAGGAGAGCGCAAUGUUCGGCCAGGGAAAGUUCCAGGCUCUUAACGAAGCGAUUGUGAAUCUCGUGGAGGAGUUUGGCCUCGUUGGGUUCGAGACGCUGGCCGUUGAGGAUAAGAAGAGCAUGAUGUCGCUAUUGAGGACUAUCGAUCGCGCAGGUGGGUACGCGUUUGGGGCUGCGGAGGGGGCGGGUGAUGGUGUCUGGCAGGUCGCCGUUAGAGAGGGCUUGGGGACCCUGGACAUCAGGGAUGUGCAGGAGAGGUGGAUUGAUAAUAAAGAUGAGUGGGACGAGAAGGAGAGGAGGGAGUGGGAAGAGGAACAGAAGAGGAGGGAAAACGAGUUCAACGCUAAUGCUGCAACCCAGGACUUCGAUCCAGAUAACAUGGAUCUCGAUAAUUUCAGACCAGACAUACCUAUGGACAGUGGUGUGAAGGUCGUGCGGAGUGGGAAGAAGAAGGGCCCCAGUACCGAGCCUUCGUGA